AUGGCGGCUGAUCUUCGAGAAAUUGUUAUCGAUUUGAGAGGAAAUACUGAAAAUACGGAAAGGGAGAAAAAGUUUUGGAAUGUAAACGAGGUGGAAAUGAAAUCUACUUUCGAGCGGGAGUGGAUAAAGGCGAUCAGGAGAGCGAGACGCCGACCGAAUUACGGCAUGGGAAACAUGAAUAGUGGACUGGAGGAAAUAUGUGGGAACAAGCUUGAGCUGACCGGCCCGUUAAUUGACAGUUACCUUUUGGAGAUCGGUAAUCAAGUAUCUGCGAAGUUAACUCGAUCAAAGGCAACAUCUCUGGCUAGCCCUGUUAUCCUUUUUGUACCUUGGCCUGUAUUUCGCCUCAUUACAGUGCUGUUUAGAGGAUACGGCGCUGAAGUGACCUUCGAUAAUCGAAAAUCGAAGGUGAUCUCUACGUUCAACCUUCUUGAAACGGCGGAAAAGAUAUUUUCUCCGGCUCGUUUUGAAGGACAAGAUGUCCUAAGGAAGCGACAUUUCAGUCGCCAACCUGACAAUAACGGUACAAUGAGAUCUGUUUACAAAGGCAGAUCGGCUGUGGCUAUUUCCCAAACAACUCCUUUUUGUUUUGAUUAUAAUCUUAAAAAUCAAAAGGUCACUGUCACAUUCUACAUUCAGCGGUACACAGCACAGGACUUUGUGAUUGACUCUAGCCUACAAAGUCUUAUGAGUCAGUGA